AUGCUUAUUGACUGUGGAGGGAGUGUUGCAUCAAUAAGAAACGAUGUUGAAACUAUAAAGAGCAAAAUCGAACGUCUAAGUAAACAGCAAGCCACGGACACAUACACGAGAUGGGGACGGUCUUCUUGUCCUCCUGGAGUUACGACUGUUUACGACAGGUUUACUGCUGGAUCGUAUCACUGGCAUAAAGGAGGAGCAGCUAAUCAUGUGUGUUUGUCUAAGAAGCCAAAAUAUCACUAUCACUAUAAAAAGCCAAGAUGGACGACACUGAUAUAUGGUGCCGAAUACGAAACUCAUGACAGUAUUUGGGACAAUUUGAGAGACCAUGAAAUCCCAUGUGCUGUUUGUCUUAUUCCUCGUACGAGCGUCAUCAUGAUUCCUGGAAGAUAUGACUGCCCAGACACUUUCAAGUUAGAAUACGCAGGUUACUUGAUGGCUGGUAAGAACACCCAUCAAGCAGGAACAGAAUAUUUAUGCUUCGACGGUAAUCCAACUGCAGCCGAAUAUUCAAGCCAAGUGGAUCACAAUGGGUCUUUGUUUUUCUUUGUUGAAGCGGUAUGUGGUUCAUUGAAAUGCCGGCCUUAUGAAUCCGGGAAACAGAUCACGUGCGCUGUGUGCUCGUACUCUCCUUAA